CUACAAUCACCGGAGCAUUUCAAAUUGCUAAUUGCUGAUUUGAGGAGAGCGACCAGAGCUUUCUCCUCUCAGCCGGAUCUGCCCAUUCCUCCCAUUGAACAUUUCGAGCGUUUCGCAGCAUUUGAUCCUACGGAUGAGUUACCAAGUUGGCAAAUUACAGCGGAACUUUUCCAUUCUCUAUUGUGCAUUGUGAGGCCAUACGUGGAGUUCAUGAGGCGAAGGGGCAACGAUACUGGAAAAGGGUUAUCGCAUGCUUGCCACAGUACGCGAUUUCCCAGGGACAUUGCAUCUGGCCAAUUAAAUGCCUGUCCUGAAAGACCACAGUUGCCUCGAAUGGUAUUUGAUCUAACGUAUUUAACGGCCUCACCACCGGUACUGCCUCCGCCACCACCGCUAUCACGACCACCACCACCACCACCACCACCACCCCGUCCACCUCUGCCAGCACGACCACCACCACCAGUAGUACCAAUGCUUGGAAACCCUUCAACUGCUGUUUCGCCCUGUAGCAAUGAUUGUUUCAUUAGGAUGCCACUACCACGACCACCGCCGCCGCCACCACUUACUCGGCUUGGAGGUUUGAUAGCUCCAUCAUCGCUACCGCGUCCACCGCUGCCUAUGCCCGGAACGCUCUCGCCUGGGCCAGUGCCAUUACCGCCGACUCAGCCGCUAAUUCCGCUUGUCAUACCAGCAGCAGCAGAUAAUUCGCCGCUUCCUCUGCCGUCGACAGUUGGCCCAGCCACAGUACCCAGUGUCGAUAUGCAGUAUGCUGACCGAACUGCUUCUUCAGCUACGGUUCGUUGCUUCCUUUCAUGA